GCCGCGGGCAGCCGUCGUCCCCCGGCGGGACGAUGACCCAGCGCCGGGAGCCGCGUCCCCCCGCGCCGCUGGACGAGGAGCUGGAGGCGCUCGGGUGGUAUCAUGAUAAUCUUACCCGGCAUGCAGCAGAAGCACUGCUGCUUUCCAACGGGCAGGAUGGAAGCUAUCUCUUGAGGAAGAGUAAUGAAAGGGAAGAUUUGUACUCCCUCUCUGUAAGGGGAAAAGAUUCUGUGAAACACUUCCACGUUGAACAUACAGGAACUUCAUUCAAAUUUGGAUUUAAUGAAUUUUCUAGCUUGAAGGAAUUAGUCAUGCAUUUUGCAAAUCAGCCUUUAAUUGGAAGUGAAACAGGAACCUUAAUUGUAUUGAAGCAUCCCUACCCACGGGAAGUGGAAGAACCUUCCAUUUAUGAGUCCGUCCGAGUUCACACAGCGAUGCAGACAGGAAGGACAGAAAGCGACCUUGUUCCAAAUGCUCCCUCACUUGGUACAAAAGAAGGAUAUUUGAUAAAACAAGGCAAAAUAGUCAAGAAUUGGAAGACAAGGUGGUUUACACUGCAUAGGAAUGAACUAAAGUAUUUCAAAGACCAGACAGCCACAGAACCAAUUCGGGCACUUGACUUAACUGAAUGCUCAGCUGUGCAAUUUGACUACUCCCAGGAGAGAGUCAACUGUUUCUGUUUAGUGUUCCCGCUAAGGACGUACUACCUGUGUGCGAAAACUGGAAUAGAAGCUGAUGAGUGGAUUAAAAUACUGCGAUGGAAACUGUCACAAAUACGGAAGCAAGUGGACCAGCGUAACGCCGCCCUCAGUUCCUAGCUGCACCUCCGGUACUUCUGCUCCAUUGGCAGGAAUUGCCCCUUUGCCAAGGGGAAGGCAUCGCUCACAAGAGGACGGUUUCACAUGUCUCCAUUACAGCAGGCACGCGUGUGCCCGUAUACCUGCACGCAGACGCUUGCAUCCAGCUCUGCACACAAAGGAUUCGUACAGCUGAGUGCUCUCGGGCUGUUGUCACGUGUGGAGACGGUUGCAAAAUCAGAGUGUUGGUUUGAUGUGCACAGUGUAGGCCUGUAAUGCACUUAAUUCAAACACCUGUUAACUAAUCCCAGGAGCAGUCACUGUUUAAAACUUUUGUGGUUAUUCAGAGCACUCUCCAUAAUUUAUUGCAAGCUCCAUCGCAGCAUAUUCUGUAACCUUGAGCCUGUUACUGAAAACCAGUCCUUUCUGGAAACAUUAAAUAUUUCUUUUGUAUUAUCUGUUUAGGCUCUAAACCAAAAGAAAAAUGACAGAGGUUAAUUAUAUUUUUGUAAAUAGUAUCUGUAUUACAAUCCAGAGUAUAUUUCAAGGCCCUUUUCAAGGUGAUGGAUGAGUAGCACUUAGUUCUGGUCAAAUAUGUUUUUGUUUGGUUUAGAUUUAUACCGCAGAGAUGGCUACAAGUGAAUGUUUGUUUCCAGCAGCAGCUAUAGGUAUUGGUGAGCAGCAUCAUGCAAGCACGGUUGUUUACAAACUAGAAUUAUGAGAAACGGGCAGCUGGUUCCCAGUGUGCCUAUGAUGGAGCUGCCGCGGGACCCUAAGGAUGGGCGACAGGGCUCUGCAGAAAGCUUUGCUUUGUGGCAGCCACCAGCAUUGUUAGCAGCAUUACGAGUUGGGCUCCUUACGGUCCCCCUUGAAAAAGGGCUGGACUUUGUAUUCUUUCCUCAUGCAGAGAACUCAAAAUGAGGUUUUGGCCAGAACUAUGUUUAGAAUUAAGCACACAAAAAAGCACCAUGUACACUCAAAAUACGAAUUUAAAAGAACACAUCUUCUAUGUAACUGGAUAUAAAUUUCCAUCUGUAUUUUGGAAGACUCACGCAGAUGUAAGAGCCUUGUGGCUCGCUGCAGAGUUGAGAAGUGGAAGCCCAGUACUUCAGUGCUGUAGUCAAAAUAGAUGUUACAUUUUGGGAGCAAAGUUUGACAUGCUGGAGGGUUCCAAGACCAUCUUGACCUGAUGUCACUGCAGGCCCAGCUGCAAGACGCCCUGAGCAAUCCUGCUUUUCCUGGAGGGGUGGGGAAAGAGGGGGGGCCCCAUGUCCCCACGUAACCAUCAAGUUUCUGCUGAAACAGUGUAGACAAUCCUCUCCCACUAUGCAAAUGCUGUGGCACAGGGCUUAGUAUUGCUCAGACAGCAGGUCAGUGUUCAAUAGAAUCCUUUACUGUGAGAAGACUGAAGAAGAGCAGGGAAAACACACUGGAAGAAGAAAGAAAAACUAGCUUUGGA